CAAGCUCCACGAUUCUCAUUCCAACUACCAACGAAACAUCAUAGAGACUUUCCGUCCUACCCGGAACACUUGCAAGAUGUCGACUGACAAGAUCACCUUCCUCACCAACUGGCACGCCACACCUUACCACGCGCCACUGUAUCUUGCCCAGGCAAAGGGCUUCUUCAAGGAAGAGGGCAUCAAGGUCGCACUCCUUGAGCCCAACGACCCUAGUGAUGUCACCGAGAUCAUCGGAUCCGGCAAGGUAGACCUUGGCUUCAAGGCUAUGAUCCACACCCUUGCAGCCAAAGCUCGCGGAUUCCCGGUCACGUCUAUUGGAAGUCUUCUUGACGAACCGUUCACCGGCGUCGUUUACCUCAAAUCGUCCGGCAUCACCACCGACUUCCAGACCCUCAAGGGCAAGCGCAUCGGCUACGUGGGCGAGUUUGGAAAGAUCCAGAUCGACGAGCUGACGUCCCACUACGGGAUGACCCCCUCGGACUACACCGCGGUCCGUUGUGGUAUGAACGUGUCCAAGGCCAUCAUCAAGGGCGAGAUCGAUGCCGGCAUCGGCCUGGAGAACGUGCAGAUGGUCGAGCUCGAGGAGUGGCUUGCCGUGCAGGGCCGACCCAAGACCGACGUCCAGAUGCUUCGCAUCGACCAGCUCGCCGAGCUGGGCUGCUGCUGCUUCUGCUCCAUCCUCUACAUAGGCAACGACAAGUUCAUCAAAGAGAAGCCGGACGAGGUCCGCGCCUUCCUGCGCGCCGUCAAGCGGGCCACCGACUUCGUGCUCGAGCAGCCCGAGAAGGCGUGGCUCGAGUACGUCGACUUCAAGCCGCUCAUGGGUACGAAGCUCAACCGCAAGAUCUUCGAGAGGAGCUUCGCGUACUUCUCCAAGGACCUCAAGAACGUCCAGCGCGACUGGCAGAAGGUCACCAAAUACGGGAAGCGGCUUGGCGUUCUGAGUGAGGACUUUGAGCCCAACUACACCAACGAAUACCUCGAGUGGACCCUGGCGGGCGAGUCGCAGGAUCCUCUCGGUGAUCAGAAGCGCAUGGCGGAGCUGCAGAGCAACGUUGCGGACAAAGGUGGUUUCCGCCGUCUUCAAGUCGAGGAGAUUCAAGUUUAAGUCCAAGGGCAUCAUAGCCAUGCACUCAAUGCGUGCUGGAACUGUAGGCCUCUGUUCCACGGAUUUUUACAUGUGGGCGCACACUCAUUUUGCACGAAUCAAAUGUGCCAUUCUAUCUUUUUAAACUAGCACAAUGAAACCCAGUUGGCCACC